CCCGGCUCGGCGGCAGCGGCAGCAUGUCUGUGGUCGGCAUCGACCUCGGCUUCCUCAACUGCUACAUCGCCGUGGCGCGAAGCGGCGGCAUCGAGACCAUCGCCAACGAGUACAGCGAUCGGUGUACCCCGGCUUGUAUAUCUUUAGGAUCCAAAACUCGAACAAUUGGGAAUGCAGCCAAAAGCCAGAUUGUUACAAAUGUAAGAAAUACAUUACAUGGCUUCAAAAAACUUCAUGGACGGUCUUUUGAUGAUCCCAUUGUGCAGACUGAAAGGUUCAAGCUUCCCUAUGAGCUUCAGAAAAUGCCAAAUGGAAGUACAGGAGUUAAGGUUCGGUACCUAGAAGAAGAUAGGCCUUUUGCGAUCGAGCAGGUCACUGGAAUGCUUUUGGCCAAGCUUAAGGAGACUUCAGAAAAUGCUUUGAAGAAGCCUGUGGCAGACUGUGUGAUUUCAAUUCCUAGUUUCUUCACCGAUGCUGAGAGAAGGUCCGUGAUGGCAGCCGCCCAGGUCGCCGGCUUAAAUUGUCUAAGACUGAUGAACGAAACCACUGCAGUUGCACUUGCGUAUGGAAUUUAUAAGCAAGAUCUUCCACCUUUAGAGGAGAAACCAAGAAAUGUCGUAUUUAUCGAUAUGGGGCAUUCUGCCUACCAAGUUUCAGUUUGUGCUUUUAACAAGGGAAAACUUAAGGUCUUGGCUACUACUUUUGACCCGUACCUGGGCGGCAGGAACUUUGAUGAUGCUUUAGUAGAUUACUUCUGUGACGAGUUCAAGGCAAAGUAUAAAUUAAAUGUGAAAGAUAAUUCUCGAGCCCUGCUGCGCUUAUACCAGGAGUGUGAAAAACUAAAGAAAUUGAUGAGUGCGAAUGCGUCUGACCUUCCUUUGAACAUCGAGUGUUUCAUGAAUGACCUUGAUGUUUCCAGUAAAAUGAACAGGGGUCAGUUUGAACAGCUUUGUGUUUCUCUCUUGGCCAGAGUGGAACCACCUUUAAAAACUGUAAUGGAACAAGCAAACUUGAGCCGUGAUGAUAUAAAUAGUAUAGAAAUUGUGGGAGGCGCGACCCGAAUCCCUGCCGUGAAGGAGCAGAUUGCCAAGUUCUUUCUUAAAGACAUAAGCACCACAUUAAAUGCUGAUGAAGCUGUCGCAAGGGGGUGCGCACUGCAGUGUGCAAUUCUUUCUCCAGCCUUUAAAGUUCGUGAGUUUUCCAUCACGGAUGUUGUUCCCUAUUCAGUAACAUUAAGAUGGAAGUCAUCUUUUGAGGAUGGAACUGGGGAAUGUGAAGUGUUCUGUAAGAAUCAUCCUGCUCCAUUCUCAAAAGUUAUUACCUUUCACAAGAAGGAACCAUUUGAACUAGAAGCAUAUUAUACCCAUCCACAUGAAGUGCCUUAUCCUGAUCCCCGAAUUGGGAACUUCACUAUUCAGAAUGUUUUUCCCCAGUCUGAUGGUGACAGUUCCAAAGUGAAGGUUAAAGUACGUGUUAAUAUCCAUGGUAUCUUCAGUGUGGCUAGUGCAUCGGUAAUUGAGAAGCAGAGUUUGGAAGGGGAUCACAGUGAUCUACCUAUGGAAACAGAGUCAUCAUUUAAGAAUGAAGGCAAAGAUGAGAUGGACAAAAUGCAGGUUGACCAAGAAGAAGGCCAUCAAAAAGGCCAUGCUGAGCAUACCCCGGAGGAGGAAAUUGAUCACACGGGGGCCAAGACAAAGCCAGUGCCUUCUGACAAGCAAGAGCGAGCAAACCAGAAUGUGAAAAAAGGAAAAGUCAAGAGCAUCGAUUUGCCCAUCCAGAGUAGCCUGUACAGACAGCUGGGCCAGGAUCUCAUCAACAGUUAUAUAGAAAAUGAGGGAAAGAUGAUCAUGCAGGACAAAUUAGAGAAGGAAAGAAAUGAUGCCAAGAAUGCUGUGGAAGAGUAUGUGUAUGAUUUCAGAGACAAGCUAUGCAGUGUCUAUGAAAAAUUCGUCACUGCGGAAGAUUCAAGUAAACUGUCUUCAGUGUUGGAAGAUACCGAAAAUUGGCUUUAUGAAGAUGGCGAAGAUCAGCCAAAGCAAAUUUAUGUGGAUAAACUUCAAGAAUUAAAGAAAUUUGGCCAGCCUAUUCAAAUUAGGUACAUAGAACAUGAAGAGAGACCAAAAGCUUUAAAUGACUUGGGAAAGAAGAUCCAACUUCUUAUGAAAGUGGUAGAAGCAUUUAAGAAUAAGGAUGAAAAAUAUGAUCACUUAGAUGCUGCCGACAUGGAAAAGGUGGAAAAAUUUAUCAAUGAAGCCAUGAAUUGGUUGAACAGCAAGAUGAAUGCACAGAACAAGUUAAGCCUCACUCAAGACCCCGUGGUGAAAGUAGCCGAAAUAGUCGCGAAGUCCAAGGAGCUGGAUAGUUUUUGUAACCCCAUCACUCACAAGGCCAAACCCAAAGUGGAGGUGUCCGAAGACCAAGCGAAAGCGAAUGGUGAACACAACGGACCAAUGAAUGCACAGAGUGGGACGGAAAAUAAGCCUGACGCAGCCAAGGAAAGCUCCCCGCCCACGAAGCCUUCUACUGGAGAGAUGGAAGUGGACUAAGGCGCCAGGGUCUCCGGCACGUAUUCAGACAGUGCAAGUAACUGCAGGGCCCAUUCUUCUUUGCAUCGGGGACACCGACAGGUGUUCCAUUGUUCUUAGCCAUUUUUGUCAUUUGUUCUUUGCAGUAGUUUUGAAAAGUGUUUUAUAUUGAGUGCACCUCUGAUGUUCAUUUCCAAUGAUUAAUGCUGCUUAGGUGAAGCUUUAGCUGAAUAGAUUGUGUAAGUCAGUUUAAGCUUUCCCGAUGUAUCUUAUGUCAGACUUGCAGAAUGGAUAGAAAGAUGGCAACAAUCUACCUUAUUUAAAGCUUCUCUUGUGGAUAAACCUCAGCUCCUUUAUUCAGGAAAGGACACUGUAUUGCACUACUGAUGCGCAAGUAUAGAUUGAAUUGCAUCGUUAUUUUUGAAAAAAAAUUGGAAUUGAAGUGGUUUAAAGCCAUUGAAGCACUGACCUUUUUCUAGUUAUUGUAUUGUUAUAAUUUAAAUAUUAAAACAAAUAAGAGGUUAGCUGACAAACUAGUCCAUCUCAUUGAUGUAUUCAAGGUUUUCUUGUCUUUGUCACACAGAUGAACAAAAACAUGAAUUUCAAAAAGGAAACACCGUUCUGAGUUGUGGUGACACCAGCAAUAGCUUUCCUUUACCACAAACCCGGCUUUGAUUUCAUGCUCGCCAUUUCACCUUCCCUUUGCUAGAGAUAACCGGCUUUGGCUGAAGACAUGCUGCUACCGCUGCUAAAAUGUUAGCUUAAUGACUUACUUAAGAGAAUUUUCAAAGAAAAUCACUUCCUAGCUAAGAGAAAAAAGCAUUGCUAGCUUUAGUUGGGCUUGCUGCUCUGGUCUUGGCAACUUUCUUUAGGUAUCAACGGUACUUAGGUCUUUAAAACUGUCUAGCGAGCUUCUGUUUCCAAGUGAAGGGGAGGGGGCACCACGAUACUUGACUCUGCCUGUCACCCACCCACCCUUCACGUGUGGGUCACAUUGUCACACUUGGGAGCACAGGGGAGCCCCUCUGCUACAGUCUUUGGAAAGUCUUGUGACUCGUGUGUAAUGUAAAUUACGACAUCAUACAAACAGGCAAAGUUAGGCUCUCUUUGAUAAUUUCUGCCCUUAGGUGAUCCAUUCAAAACUGGGCCUUCUGAUUUGAGGCUUCUAAUUUAAAUUAAUUGUGAAGGGGGUUCUAAGUUACCAAUACAGUAUUUCCAUGAACAUACCUGUGCUUUUAACCAUCAGACUUACCCCUAGUGGCCCAGUGCUAUCCCAAUGCCUAAGCUGCCAAAUUCGGUGUGAACACAUGUUGAAAUGAUUUUAACACCACAGGAAAAGCAUAGAAAAAAUUUGCAGCUGUUUGAGGUAACUGUAGAUAUUUACAUUAGGGUGAUAGGAGCUAGUCUUAGGUAGAUAUACCUAUGUUUAAAAUUUGAUUUUUUUUUUCCAUACCUAUGCAAAUCAAACGUUCAGAGCACAGUGUCUUUGGAGAUGUUCAGUGUUUCUCAACUCUAGAAUAGGGAUCUGUUAUUGCGACAGUUGUAGUCUGGGCUAAAAGAAGUGUGUGUAGUGGCCAUGGUAUUUUAUGUGGGGAUUUUUACCCAAACUUUGUUUUAAUAUUAAGAAGUCCACACAGACUGAGGUGUUGACAUCUCAGAAUAUCUUCCGUCUUUCAAACUAUCUCUUGUUUUAAUCCUCUUAACGUGAUUUAAGUAUAACUACUAUAGAACUAUAUUUGAAACAGGAUCACCUGUACUUUCCAUUUGUUUGUUUUGGUUUGAACUUAAGGAUUGUGUAAGAUAGUACCUUAAGGACAUUGACCACUGCAGCAUGGAGAAUUUAGUCUUCAAAAGGUAAUCAAAACUGCGGGGCCAGAGUAGGAGCGUGGGGCUAACCCUGGGGACCAGAUAGCUACUCCUGGGCUUACGGUGUAUUUUGCGUCCAUAUGUUAAAUGUGGGUGUGCACAUGUGCACAGAGACACAUGUGGCAAACACUCAUUUCAUUUGUGUGUGUAUACACGUGCAUGUCCUUAUACAUAUAUGAAGGGCAAGCUAGUGUGUGUGUGUGGGUGUGUCUGUACACACAUACAGAUGCACACACACACACAUAUCUUUACCAUCCUAAUCUGUAACCUUUAUACUGAAUAAUUCUGGAUCUCUGAGUAGAGAUUGAGACAGAGAGAGGUCACUCUUGUUAGUUAAGAAUGUAUCACGUUAGGUAUGAGAGCAUUUCUCCGAGCUUUCUGGAGGAUGAUGGAGCACUACACCACUAGUCACUAGUCCUUUUGUUUUUAACUCAAAAGUUUAUUAUAUGGGCCCUCUUCCUAUAACUUUAUUGGCACUUAGAGACUAUUUAGUAAAAUGUUUUUGGAUCUCUUUCUUAUUUAAAUUAUCCAUAAUAUAGAGAUAUUUGUAACAUAGUGAGAUAGGUCCAUAUGUAGUUUAAGACAAGUAAUCUAAUGUGCUUUUUAUUUCUGUACUCUGUGCUAGAGAAUACUGUCAAAAUAAAGAUGAAUCUACUAUUUAAAAGAUAUAAAUUGUUUAGUAAAAAAAGAUGCAUAGCAAAAUUGUCUAAUUAAAACUUAAAAAGCAGUCGGUCUAGGAAAUUUAAAACUAGAAUUAAUGAGAAAACUCAUUAUUUGGGUUAUUUUGGCUUUAAAAAAAAUCCCGACUUAUAGCCAGUUUCCCCUAGUGGUUAUUAGGGAGUUGGGAGUGGAAGGGCAUGGAGCCAGGAUGGAGCAGGAAGAGGUGAGAGAACAAAUCUGCAUUGAGAACACCCCCAGAAGAGGUGCUGUGGAAAGCAGGGCAGUCUGAGCUGUUAAACAGAGUUCGAAACAUCGAAGGAUCAGCCUUUCCUGUAAGGAAGGGGGAGGAUAAUAAUCUUCCUUGGGUUUGUUUAAGGAAAAUUGUAAGGGCAAGGCAGGACGUUAAGCUGUUUUCUCCACAGAACAGUAUUCUACAUUAAAGUUCUUCAUUUGUAUGGCUUUUGAGAUGAUCCUAAGAAACUUUGUUAAUUUUCCAUAAAGGAGUACAGAUGUGAUGGCAUUCUAGGUUAAUUUUAAUAUAGAUGAUUAAGGGAACACCCCCUGGGGGAAGACAGUGUUUAAUUUAUGAGGGAUCAAACCUCUAGGGGAGGAAAAUGUUCUUUAUUAGAAAACCCUAGGAACCCUGUUAUCAGUACUAUAAAACUACGGCAUUAAAGCACUCCAGAUAGGCCUAUUUAAAGACAGUAAGAUAUAGUAUAAACUUUUGUUAUUUCUGUUUAGCUCUUUUUAGACAUGGCCAUCCUGUUUUUAAGUGUGCUUUCCCCAAUCAAUUUAAAUUAUUUUGAAGGCCUACAUCCUGUUAUCCUAUUUGAAUUUGUUCUGAGCUUAUCUUAUAGUUAAGGUUGGUAGUCAACAGAUACUUGUAUAUUUUUUAUGAUAAACUUAACAUGUUUAUACAUGUUUCCUUGCUUGUAAGGAAUAAAUCCUUACAGAAAACCCGUAACAUUUUGUAAAGUUAGAACCAAAUGAAUAUUGAUAGACAGUAAACAAAAAUGAAUUUGUUUAACGUCCCCUUCUACUUCUGUCUGAAGUUUUUCUGCCUUUGACUUUGCUCGUUUUUCUUGCUGUUUUGUUUUGUGUAUUUGGAAUUACUUGUGUACACACGUAUAUUCAUGUAGUAAGGGUAUAUACAGUUAUAAUUCUGCUCAGUCUACAAAUAUCAAAGCCAUUAUGUUACAUUGUGGCAGAAUAGAGUUUGAACAUUUUAUGAAAUUAAUAGGAAAAAGGUGUAGGUGUAAGCUUCUCAUAUUUUUAGCAGAAAUGGUAUGCUAAUACUUUAUAUUUGAAGUUCGUUUGUAGUGUUUUUAAAAUUCAGUGUUUAUCAAAUUUGGUUCUGUGGCAUUUAACUAGAUAGAUGCAUAGGUGUUAGGCUUGUUAAGCCCUUAUACUUUUUAAUCAUUGGACUUUCCAGAAUGUUUUUGUUUCUUAGCUUUGGUGAGUUGAUACAGUUUAAAUCAGUGAUCACUUUUUAAAGUGAUUUUUAAAACCUUUAAAAGAAUUUCAGUUCUAAUGCAUUUUGCCUUCUCUGAUUACAUUACAGUUUUGUCAUAAUUAUAAUUUAGAAAAUUGCUUAUAAAACAAAUGGUAAAUUUCAGAAAUUAAAUUUAAUUAAAUUCUUUUCUGGCCAACAACUGGGUUGAGCAUUCAUUCUGCAAUAGUUAUUUCUAAUCUAAUCUAUAGAAUAAUAACCAUAAUCCUAAUAAAUUUCCAAGAAAACUUUUUCACAAAAAAAGUAGCUCAGUGGAAAUACUGACUUCCUUCCCCCAAAUCAUCAAGUCCAAAAGAGCUGCCUUAGUUAUUUCCCUACAAAUUUUCACUUAAAGUAACUUUACAUAAAGCUUUUCUUUGCAUACUUAGAAUAGGAAUAAACCUUUAAAACUCUGGUUUUAUAAUAACCAAAUAUGGUCUUUCCAAAAUGACUUACUGCUGGCUUCAAAUUAUGGGCACAUCUUAAGCUAUAAUUGUUUGUGGAAAAGUUGGAGCAGGCAACUUUAUGAAGUGUGGCAGGAGGAAAAAAAUGUUUUACCGUCAAUUUGCAAGGAAUCUCUACACAUGUGGGUCAGUAAUGCCAAUUUGUAGACAUUUGAGAAGUCUUAAUAUAAGUAGGAUUUCCAUACCAGAGUACAAAAGAAGGAUUUUGAUUAAUUUCUAUUAAAAACCCAAGGAAUAAAAGGUGAAGUUACCAGUAAACCUUUGAGGUCCUAUGUACUUUGAUUCUUUCAACUUUACUAUUAUACCAGCUAAUCAGAUGGCCAGUCCAGGAAAAAAUAGAGCAUUUAUACAAUUAUCUUUUUCCUGUUCUUUCACAAACCACUUGUUAUUCAAACAGAUCCUAUUGUCCCCAACCCAUAGUAGUUUUGUGGAUUCUCAAAUGCGAUUGUGUGCUUUAGAAAUGGAAAUACUAUCUAUUUAUUCCAUUAUAUUUAUUCUUUUGCUAUACAUAGCUUUUUUUUUUAAGUCCUUCCCAACCCUAAAUGCACUCCAGAAUUUUGUUGGAAAUGGUUUUCAUUUUUUCAAAGAAUUUUACUUGUGUGCGUGUGUUGUUUUUUUUUUUUUAAGGUUAUCCGUUUUGGGGGUUUUUGUUUUGUUUUGCUUUUAUUCUCUCCAGUUUCCUUUUUUUCAGACACUAGGUGAUGUGCUAAUAUCCAGUUACUCUCAUGAAUAAUUUACUUAGUAUUAGUAUCACAUUUUUCUUUCUAACUCCUUUUCCAUUUAUCCUUUCCUCAGAUUUCUGCUGUUGCUUUUUUGCUCAUGUUCUCCAUUAUAAAAAUAAUCUUUGUGUCCCAGCAUGUAAUAUUCCUAAAAUGUACUAAGAUAAGUAAUAGAUGUAUAGGGAUUUUUCUUUCACAGUCUGAUCUUUAAAUGCUUUAAAGCCGCUCUGAUCUAAGAGGAAUAAAAUUUCUGUAUCUGUUACAUAAAAGAACCAGUAUCCCAGGUUUGGUUGAUUGGGUUUUUUUUUUUUUUGUUUGUAAAAAUGUUAAAAAAAUGUAGAAGUCAAAACUCAAGUAGUCACUUAAAUUACUCUGCACUUCUUCUGCAUAGGUAUUGUAACUGCAUUUUUAAAACUUGUUUUUGCUUCUUAAAGGGCUCAUUAGCUAAUUGUUUUUUCCUUUAUUAAAUGCAAGAGCUGUUUUACAACCUGAAAUAUAAAAGGCAGAAGUUUAUUAGAAAUAGAGAUGGGUAUAAAUGAAUUUGGAAAACAUUUUUUCCAAAUGAUUGACAUUACCAUUUUUCCUUAUGACCAAUCGCAAGAGAAAAAUCUUUUUUUUUUUUUUUAAAUAAGCAUCACAAGUUACUCAUUUGGGGGUUUUUGUUUACAUUGUUAACUGCAAUUAUAAUUGUCCUAUCCUUUUUGGCAGCUUAAUAUAUACUCAAGUGUUUUUUUUCCCUGUGGAAAAGGAAGACAUCAACGUUGCUCUUGGUUCUUUGUGGAAUAUGAGUCACCCAACAAUCUGAGAGGGUAAAUGUGGGAAGCAUUUUGAUAUGCCUUGCCUGAAUUUUGUAAGAAGCAAGAAGACAUCUCAUUUGAAAGCGCUUGAUCAGGCUCCCGAGGUGCUGUCUAUGUAUUUAGCAGAGAUGUGUUGGAGAGCCUGUGUUAAGAACCUUCCCAUGGAAAACUCUUUGUGAUAAAACUUGACUAGCCUGAUGAUGACAGCAGUGUCAGAAUCUGCAAGCUGUUUGUUACUGUCUGUAAUUCACAAGAGUGAGAAACGUGCACAGUGUCAAGCCCUUGUGUAAUUAUGAUGGAGAGUAACCAGUAUGUGGACCAUUAAUUUUGCCUACUUGACAUGUCAUUUUUAUAUAAUUAACCUCACUAUGAAAGGUACACACUCAGUCUCGUAUUUCUGACAGAAUUCAGGUACCAGGUUUGUUUGGAAGAUUUUGGUGGUAAAAGUAUCCUAUUCCAUAUGAGGCUAUUUAUUUGAUAUUUUGUCAAUAAAUAUACUGGCAAAAUAAAACUUGGUACUACAGUGUUUCUAAAAACUAAAAGAAGGAUUGACAUAUAAAUGAAUCCUUAAACUUUUGGUAGUUACCUAAUAGGAUAGCAAACUAUUAAACAUUGAUGUGCAUAGUCAAUAUUAUACUCUACUUGCCCAGUCUUAUUUCCUGUCUCUUCUAGAGUAUUCAUGAUGCAUUUGUGAAUUCUACUUUGUUUUUGUUUGUGUGUAAACUAUAGGAUUAUGGUUGUACUCCUGGAUCGAUUAUCAUAAGCCAGUGAAUUUUGAAAUUUCUGUUAGGUGUUUUCCUUCCUACAUUGAAAACAUACAUAUUCUUUGGGAUUGAGAUAGAGGGAACUCAAGGAUGUGCAGAGGUGCUCUCAAUGUUGUAUCUCAACCUUGCUGCUGCUAUUUAUAAUAUUUGAAAAAUAUUUCUCCAUAUUGGUAUUAUCUUGUUAACAAACUGCUGUGCUUACAAUAAAUUGUUUGAAUUAGCGAGGAUACAACAACCAAA